GUAAAGUCCUGACCCAGCGCAAGUAUGGAGUCUUUGCUCAAGUCCCCAAUGAAACUUGUACUUUUGACAGCAUGGCUCUCCAGUCUGAUGGACCCAUGCAGCUUCUCUGACAUUUGUGAUUCAUGCCAUCAACUUGCAACAUGCAAGGCCCUGAAUGGAUCAAACAACGGCUGCUUCUGUAAACAUGGAUAUACGGGAGAUGGAACAACAUUUUGCAACGAUGACAACGAAUGCCAGAAUGUGACUAAUAUCUGCGGGGACAAGGGGAACUGCACUAACACAGAGGGCAGCUACUACUGUACAUGUGUCUCUGGAUACAAAUCAACAGGACCAGCCAAGUUCCAGCCAAAUGAUGGCACUGAAUGCACUGAUAUUGAUGAAUGCAAGAAUGGACAGAUCUGUGGGCCAAACUCCAACUGCCAUAAUACAAAUGGAUCUUUCAAUUGCACCUGCCAACGCGAUUUCUUCCCAACUUCAGGCUUGAAGAGCUUUCAUCCACAGAGCGGUGUAAGAUGUAAAGAGCAUCCCCAAAAAUACUGCCAUGACACCACUGGGUGCAUCACACAGACUGUCAACAAAACACUUGAAUAUAUGAGCAACCUUACAGAGCCCCAGAGUCUACUCGGGGAGAUCACCAAGCAGACAUCGGGUGACCUCACCUCAGUGGAGGUCAUCGCAUACGUCGAGGCCUUGUCUCGGUCCACAUCGAUGCUGGGUGUCAGAGAGAAGGAUAAACCCUCUGUCAUCAACUCAACUCUGACUAAAUUUGUGAAAGCUGUAAACAACUUGGUGGAGAAAGAUGAACUGGUGGCUUGGAGCAGAAUCAAAGAAGAGCGUAGGGAGUAUACCAUCACCAAACUGCUACAUACAGUUGAGGAAAGUACUCUGGCUUUGGCCAGCAGCUACAAAACCCCAGCCGAGCUUGAGAUCAAAGCUACCGAACUGGAAUUGAAACUGUACACCUUUGGUGUUCAUCAGACGAAAGCUAAGCUGUCUGUUUCCAUGGGAGCAGAUCAUAUAAGUCUGACUCCAAAAUCCAGGCCAGAACAAGGCAGAAAUGGAAGUGUGUCAGUGGUGUUUGUGCGAUAUGACAGCGUGGGUGACAUCCUGAAGCCGAGCAGCGACCCAGGUGUCACCGACUACUCGCGGUACGCAGGAACAGGGGAAAUCACUGUCAACUCCCAAGUCAUCGCAGCAGCCGUCAAACCUGCUGACGUUUACCAACUUGACCAUGUCACCUUCACUCUGAGACACAAUGAGCCCAUAGACACUACAGCUGAUGUGACCAAGUGUGCCUUUUGGGAGUAUGAGCCAGCCAGCCUGCAGGGCCACUGGGCCACUGAUGGCUGUGAGAGAGUCCACGUCAACAGCACCGCAACCACAUGCUCCUGCAACCACCUCACACAUUUCGCUAUCCUCAUGUCGUCCGGACGGGCCAAUCUGGUGGCUCACUAUACCAUCCUGACCCGGAUCACGCAGCUGGGGAUAAUCAUCUCCCUCAUCUGUCUGUCCAUGUGCAUCUUCACCUUCUGGUUCUUCAGCGAGAUCCAGAGCACCAGAACCACCAUCCACAAGAACCUGUGCUGCAGUCUGUUCAUGGCCGAGUUCAUCUUCCUGGUCGGGAUCAACAUGAACACCCAUAAGCUUUUCUGCUCUGUUGUCGCGGGGCUGCUGCAUUACUUCUUCCUCGCGGCCUUUGCCUGGAUGUGCAUCGAGGGCAUCCAUCUGUACUUAAUUGUGGUCGGUGUCAUCUACAACAAAGGCUUCCUGCACCGUAACUUUUACAUCUUCGGCUACGGGAGCCCAGCGGUGGUGGUGACCAUCUCAGCAACACUCGGCUCCAAGUAUUACGGCACUGAUAAAGUGUGUUGGCUGAGCACCGAAAACAACUUCAUAUGGAGUUUCAUUGGGCCUGCAUGUUUGAUCAUUCUGGUUAAUCUCUUGGCUUUUGGAGUAAUCAUCUACAAAGUGUACCGGCAUACCGCUGUGAAAAAGCCUGAAAUCAGCCAUUAUGAAAACAUCAGGUCGUGUGCCCGCGGUGCUCUGGCCUUGCUCUUCGUGCUGGGAGCGACCUGGACCUUUGGCGUGCUGCACAUCCUCAACGAAACCACCCUCACUGCCUAUCUCUUCACCAUCACCAACGCCUUCCAGGGCAUGUUCAUCUUCAUCUUCCUGUGCGUCUUGUCCAGAAAGAUUCAAGAGGAAUACUACAGGCUUUUCAAAAAUGUGCCAUGUUGCUUUGAAUGCCUGAGAUGAACCAGUGCAACCAAAGCUCAUUAAACUGCAGUUGUACGUUCACGUCUACAACUUUGCAAUAACCUUUGAUUAUUGGGAAACACAUAACACUGUGGGAGGAAUAACGUACAGAUGUCUUAUAACUAUUACAUGUAGCACUUGUCAUUUUUAAAUACCUUAUUUUCCUUUUCCUUUUGGGAUUUCCAUAGUUUCGGGACGCUUCACCACAUAAGUUCUUGUCAGAGUAAACUAAAAUAUGUGUAUAUUUUCAGUUUAAUCCAAUUCCUUUGCAAUUAUUUGCGUUACAUUCCACCUCUCCGUUUUCUCACUGCUCGUUUGAUCCUUUCUUGUGUGAAAUUGAUUUGUAAAUUAUUAAAAUGAAU